GCGGGCACAGCAGCCAGGCUGCCGGAGAGCUGAUCUCGGGGAUUCGGGUGCGGAGCCCUUGGCCUGGAGGCGAUAUGGGUGGUCCGUGGCCCGGUUCAGUCGCUUGCAGCAGCCCGGGGAACAGGCCUGUCUGGCCCUGAGGGAGUGUCCCCUUUCUGAAGCUGUGGUGCUUGGACGACCUGCUCUCUACGUUGCUGGGCACCUAUAGGUGUCCCUCGAGAGCUCAGUUUUGAGGUUCAAGUCAGUGUGGCCAUGAAGGGGCUGCCAAUUGGGCUGAUGCUGUGACCCUGGAGUCUGCCUUUCCUGCCAGUCCCCCUGCCCGGAACAUGUGGCUGCGGCUUGGCCCGCCCUCGCUGUCCCUGAACCCCAAGCCCACGGUUGGCCAGAGCCUGUGCUUCACUCUGUGGUUCCUCAGUUUGGCACUGAGGGCCAGUACCCAGGCCCCCGCACCCACAGUCAACACUCACUUUGGGAAGCUAAGGGGUGCCCGGGUACCACUGCCCAGUGAGAUCCUGGGGCCUGUGGACCAAUACCUAGGGGUGCCCUACGCAGCUCCCCCGAUCGGCGAGAAACGCUUCCUGCCCCCUGAACCACCCCCAUCCUGGUCGGGCAUCCGGAACGCCACACACUUUCCCCCAGUGUGCCCCCAGAACAUCCACACAGCUGUGCCCGAAGUCAUGCUGCCAGUCUGGUUCACUGCCAACUUGGAUAUCGUCGCUACUUACAUCCAGGAGCCCAACGAAGACUGUCUCUACCUGAACGUCUAUGUGCCAACGGAGGAUGGAUCCGGCGCUAAGAAACAGGGCGAGGACUUAGCGGAUAAUGACGGGGAUGAAGAUGAAGACAUCCGGGACAGUGGUGCUAAACCCGUCAUGGUCUACAUCCACGGAGGCUCUUACAUGGAAGGGACAGGCAACAUGAUUGAUGGCAGCGUCCUCGCCAGUUAUGGCAAUGUCAUCGUCAUCACCCUCAACUAUCGGGUUGGAGUGCUAGGUUUCCUGAGUACUGGAGAUCAGGCUGCCAAGGGCAACUAUGGGCUCCUUGACCAGAUCCAGGCCCUCCGCUGGGUGAGCGAGAAUAUUGCCUUCUUUGGGGGAGACCCCCGCCGGAUCACCGUCUUUGGCUCAGGCAUUGGAGCAUCCUGCGUCAGCCUCCUCACAUUGUCACAUCACUCUGAGGGACUUUUCCAGAGAGCCAUCAUCCAAAGUGGUUCUGCUCUGUCCAGCUGGGCUGUGAACUACCAACCAGUGAAGUACACCAGCCUGCUGGCAGACAAAGUGGGCUGUAAUGUGCUAGACACCGUGGAUAUGGUGGACUGUCUUCGGCAAAAGAGUGCCAAGGAGCUGGUAGAGCAGGACAUCCAGCCAGCCCGCUACCACGUGGCCUUUGGCCCUGUGAUUGAUGGUGAUGUCAUUCCUGAUGACCCUGAGAUCCUCAUGGAGCAGGGCGAGUUCCUCAACUAUGACAUCAUGCUAGGUGUCAACCAGGGCGAGGGUCUCAAGUUUGUGGAAGGGGUGGUGGACCCUGAGGAUGGUGUCUCUGGCACUGACUUUGACUAUUCUGUCUCCAAUUUUGUGGACAAUCUAUAUGGCUAUCCUGAGGGUAAGGAUACCCUGCGAGAGACCAUCAAGUUCAUGUAUACAGACUGGGCAGACCGUGACAACCCUGAGACCCGCCGUAAAACACUGGUGGCACUCUUCACUGACCACCAGUGGGUGGAGCCCUCAGUGGUGACAGCCGAUCUGCACGCCCGCUACGGCUCACCUACCUACUUCUACGCCUUCUAUCAUCACUGCCAGAGCCUCAUGAAGCCUGCUUGGUCAGAUGCAGCUCAUGGGGAUGAAGUACCCUAUGUUUUUGGGGUUCCUAUGGUAGGCCCCACUGACCUUUUCCCCUGCAACUUCUCCAAGAAUGAUGUUAUGCUCAGUGCUGUCGUCAUGACCUAUUGGACCAACUUUGCCAAGACUGGGGAUCCCAACAAGCCGGUCCCCCAGGACACCAAGUUCAUUCACACCAAGGCCAACCGCUUUGAGGAAGUGGCCUGGUCCAAAUACAAUCCCCGAGACCAGCUCUACCUUCACAUCGGGCUGAAACCAAGGGUCCGAGACCAUUACCGGGCCACUAAGGUGGCCUUUUGGAAACAUCUGGUGCCCCACCUAUACAACCUGCAUGACAUGUUCCACUAUACGUCCACCACCACCAAAGUGCCGCCUCCGGAUACCACCCACAGCUCCCACAUCACCCGCAGGCCCAAUGGCAAGACCUGGAGCACGAAGCGGCCAGCCAUCUCACCUGCCUACAGCAACGAGAACGCCCAGGGGUCCUGGAAUGGGGACCAGGAUGCAGGGCCACUCCUGGUGGAGAACCCUCGUGACUACUCCACUGAAUUAAGUGUCACCAUCGCCGUGGGGGCCUCCCUCCUGUUCCUUAACGUUCUGGCCUUCGCUGCCCUCUACUACCGUAAGGACAAACGGCGCCAGGAACCCCUGCGGCAGCCUAGCCCUCAGCGGGGAGCCGGGGCCCCUGAAUUGGGAGCUGCUCCAGAGGAGGAGCUGGCAGCAUUACAGCUGGGCCCCACCCACCACGAGUGUGAGGCCGGUCCCCCCCAUGACACACUGCGCCUCACUGCAUUGCCCGACUACACCCUGACCCUGCGGCGAUCCCCAGAUGACAUCCCACUCAUGACCCCCAACACCAUCACUAUGAUCCCCAACUCCCUGGUAGGGCUGCAGACAUUGCACCCCUAUAACACCUUUGCCGCAGGGUUCAACAGUACCGGGCUGCCCCACUCACACUCCACUACCCGGGUAUAGCUCCAGCUCAGAGCACAGCCUGUCUCCUGGCUCCCUCCCUCCCAGAUCCAGGAACACAUGCACACACAGACACACACACACACAGACACACACACACACACAUAGAUGUAUACGCACGCACCCACACCCUACAGCAGACCCACCCGCACAAACACAGACAGAUGUGGACAUGCACCCGCAUGUACAAAAACACAGAUACAGAAGUAAACCUGAACAAACCCUCCAAAUGGGGACGCAGAUGAGUCCUUGGUAAACUGAGGACCCAUGAAACAGCAGCUGAAGCCAGCUCCCCGAGCCUGACCACAGAUACUCCCGGGGGGCCUGAAAGCAACAGCUGGACACCCCCUUGGUGCUCGCCUUCGGCCUCUCUUGGAACUGCACCACCGACCAACUCCAGACUUGGGAGCUUUAAAGAGCAGAAUAGCUCUUCCUCCCUGAGACUUGGUCUUUUUUCUGGGUCUUGUUUUGUUGAUUUUUCUUUUUUAAUUUUGGAACAAAUGCUUUUCCAACCCAUGAGUGCUAAGAGGCUCUGCAAGGGAGGGCUCCAGGCCCGAAGGUCUCUCUGGCCCUGGGACCCCCAGAGUUCACACAGUCAGACCAAGGAACAGGACCCCCAGGAAAGAAACAGAUUCAAGCAAGACCAUGGGGUGGAAGGAGAAAGGGGCUAGUGCUGGAUGGGGCUAGAGAGACAUAGGGGAGAGAUCUCCAACUCUGUGUCUGUGUGGAGGCCUGCAGAGCCUGCAGGGUGACCUGCUUCCCCAAAGGCCAGCAGCAUUGGCCUGGCCAGACGAGGGGACCUUAGAUUUGGUGAACAAGGUACGGUGGCCAGGCCACGUCAUUAUUGGACCCCCGGGUCUGAUCUGGAUUUUGCCUCUGCCCUUGGGGAAAUGCUAUCAGAAAUUCGCCCAAUUUUCUUUACAGUCUCUUUUGUGUCUGUCAUUUCUCUUUCAAAAAGGCGGUGUUUUUUGUUGUUGUUGGCUUUUUUUUUUAAAAGAAAAGUUCUUAAAACACUAACGGAAACCCAUGGAGUUUGUCCUUUGUAAAAAUUUUAAACAGUGUCUUGAUAUAAAAAUAAAAAAUCCAGUUAGCACUCCCAA